AUGGAAGAUCGAAUCAGCGCCUUACCGGACGAAAUCCACCGCUACAUCCUCUCAUUUCUGCCAACCAAAUUCGCAUUCACCACCACAGUCAUCUCCAAGCGGUGGAACUCAAUCUGCAACUCCCUCAUCGUGCUCCACUUCGACGACAAAGCUGAAGACGAAGAAGAGGCCUACAUCCGCUUCCGCCGCUUCGUCGACAAGGUUCUCCUUUCCCCGCUCGUCCAGCACCACCCGAUCGAGACGCUCUCCAUCGUCUCUAACUCUCAGCUCUGCCAAUACCGAAGCCGGUUCAACACAGACGAGUGGAUCGAAGCUGCAAAACGACGUGGCGUUAAGAAUCUCCAGCUGUCGUCAAUACAUCUUAACUUGCGCUUGUUGCCCGGUAUUUUCACCUCCUUCAAAACCCUCGUGGUUCUGAAGCUGAGUGAGAUAAUCAUUGAAUAUGGUUCUGUUGGUCCUGUUGAUUUUCCCUCACUCACAACCCUUCAUUUGAUUAACGUUUUGUUUCGUCAAAGGGAUGAUGUGAUGAAAAUUCUUAAUGGGUGUCCCAUUGUUGAGGAUUUGUAUGUUACAGCUCCCUGUUUUGAACUAGGCUACCCUACAGGGUUUAAACCCAUGCCCCAGGUUGUGAAAGCACAUAUCAACGCUUUUAAUGUUCCUUUCAAUGCAAUUCCUAAUGUAGAGUCUCUACACAUUGAGGAGCUAUCUGUAAGGGAUAGUGGCUGGUGUCAUCGUUUGCUUCUUUGGAGUUAG